ACCAAAAUAGAAACUCAGCCGCCGCCGCGGCGCCGCCCCUUUCUCUUCUUCUCCCUCCCACCCAAAUCCCCCGCUCGCCACGACGAACCGCCGCCUGCGAUGACGCGCCGAAGCCGGGAACGCCGCGCGGCCGCCGGCGACGGAGACCCCGCCGGCCCCCCGCAUUACGCCCCCGACGAGGAGCGCCGCCUCGCCGAGGAGGUGCUCUACCUCCACUCCCUCUGGCGCAGGGGCCCGCCCGCCCCCGCCCCCGCCGGGCCUCCCGCGCCACCCGCCGGAGGCUCCCGCGCCAGCGCCGGAGGCUCCCGCCCCAACCAGCGGAAGCGCCGCAGGACCGAGCGCACCGCCGCGGAGCCCGAGGAACCCGGCGCCGACUGGCCCCUCGCGCCCUCCCCGCCCGCCUCCCCAUCCCCCGCCUCCUGGCCCGACGCCGCCCCCUCCUCCCCCGCUCCCAGGCCGCCGCCGCAGCAGCAACCUUCCCCCGCCUCGCUCGCGCAGCGGGACGCCCUCCGCGCCGCCGAGGAGUUCUUCUCCGCGCGCGGCUCCUCGGGCGAGGACGGCGACGGCGAGUCCGAGGGGUCCGAGUCGGAGGACGGCGGGGACGCGGCGGCGGGGUUCUUCCUCGGGCUGUUCGAGCGGGACGCCGCGCUGCGGGGGUACUACGAGCGGUGCCACGAGGAGGGGGAGUUCCGGUGCAUGGGGUGCGUGGGGAGGAAGAGGAAGGGCAGGGGCCAGGCCAGGAGGUUCCGGGACUGCAAAAGCCUCGUGCACCACGCGCGCGACGCCACGCGCUGCGGGAGGCCGCUGGCGCACCGCGCGCUCGCCGCCGCCGUCUGCCGCGUUCUCGGCUGGGACGUCAAGCGGCUGCCCAGCAUCGUCAUCGACCCCUGCGGCACGCUCGGCCAGGCGCUGCUCGCCAGGGAGGGGGCGAGUGCCGCCGCUUCCACCGCCCAGGAGGCAAAGGAGAAUGUUGAUAGUGUGGACAAUGAUGGCAUGGAUGCAGUGAAGGAGGAUGUUGGUUUGGACAAGAACGGCUCCUUGAAUGAUGACAGGAAGGAGGAUGUUGAUAGUAGAAUGAAUGAGGCCGCAUUAAGUGAUGGGGAUGGAGCAAAGGACGGUGUUGAUACAGGGAAGAUUGGCUCUCCAAGUAAUGACAAUGAUGGAGAGGUUCAUGGGCAAGACAAUGAUACAAGAACUGUUGAAAAGGAAGGUGCUAUUGGCAAUAAACAGGAGCAUCCUAAGAGUGCAGAUGCUAUGGGGGGCACUUGUGAUGUCAGACCAGAAAACAAUUCAUCAAAGGAAGAAGCUGCUACAGAGAAUAAGGAGGAGCAUACUGACGGUGUUGUUGACUCCGGAGAUGAUAUUGGUAACUUGGGAGACAAUUUAGUGGACUCAUCAAAGGUGUACUCGUGCACUCAUGACAUCUGGACAUCACGAAAGGAGAUUCUAGAUUGACAAGCCACUCACUGAACGUGUUAUCGUCCACCUGCCCAUCCUACCCUCGCCAGUUUACAGCCCUCUCAUCCAACCAAAAACCUUAACCCAUGACUGAGCAGGGCCAACGAUGAACGGGCAUAAUGCCACAACAAUAACGACGGCCCAUUUCUGCCUGCCAACUCAAAGCCUUGUCCGCAACUGUCUUUGGCCAUCCAACCUCCGCUCCCAUGUCUCCUGCCUCCCUAACAAACCUCUGACCCUCUCGCAGCCUGAUCUGGUCACAUGGCUCGUGCCACCGAUGGGGCCAUCAUCAUGGGUAGUUGGGUACUCCCACCGACUUCACAGCUUGCACAAUGUUGUCAGAUCUGCUGCAUCUGCAUUUUAAGGAUUACACGCAAUCCCACGAUUCAUUUUGGCAUUACCCGACCUCAUGUAUAUCUUUCUUAUGCAUUUUUGGGACAUUAUAUUGCCAAGACACUGUUUAGAUAAUGGAAGCAAACACUGUUCCGGCCUCCUUCAAAAGAUACACAUGUUUGGUGCAUUAUUUUAUAUUUUUCUGUUUUGCAUUUUUGUACUGGUUUGUAAUUGUAUAUUUUGUUGAAAAAGUAGUAUGUCAAACAAUAUAUUUGUGGGUUGCAUUGGCGUACAUAGAUAUUUUUCUAAUGCAGUUUUGUGAUAGGCAAACAUAUUUGUCAUACAUUUUUUUUCAUUCAACUUAUAAAAUUGGAUGUGAGGAAGUGAGUCUCAGCCAAAUUUGUGGAGGGUUGACGUGAAGACAUACUAAGUGGCAUGAUAUUUGAUGUCCACCAGUCCUGAUUUGGAUUCUCGACCACACGUUCUUAUCGAACUAUCCAGAUCUCUUUUUUUAGCAUGAUAUCCAGAUCUCAUUAGUGCUGGAGUCCACCAGAAAUGGUAAUUGAAGAACAAUAUACUCCUUCGCACAUGCAUUUCAAAACUCAAUUUUGACCAUUAAUUUGACUAAACCAGACGUGGGUUAUGUUCCACAAAAAUUGUUUUAUCGGAUUCGUGUUUGUACAAAGUUUCCAAUGGUAUAAUUCUUUGACAUAGGAGUACAAGACAUUGUUAAUCAAAUUUGUGGUCAAAGUUAAAUCAUGCAAAACAAGGACACCAUGUAAAAGGGGGCAGAGGGAGUAUGCCUUUUCUUUACAUGCAUUUGGCCAAAAUCAAUUGAAAUGUGCGCUGUGAUGGUAAACUAUUGUGAUGGUGUAGAUUUUCUGUUCCAGAUGAAGAUUAGGUAAAAUAAUACUCCGUCCCGAAUUACAUGUCUUAGAUUUGUCUAGAUAUGGAUGUGACACGUCUUAGUGUUAGAUUCAUCUGUAUCUGACAAAUCUAAGACAAGUAAUUUGGGACGGAGGUAAUAGGAAGGUAGACUUAAAAGGUUCUGAAGAGAAACUGCUCGGCUGACCAGCUAGCUAUCUUACGAACGAACAAUAGAAGUUUCUGAAGAGAAGUCCUGGAUGUAUAUAAUUGGAUGAAGUAUGUAUGAAACUCCAAAAUUUGAAGGAUCAAAUAUCAUCCCACAAUGUACAUCCAGUAAUUUAUUUGACUCCUUUGAGGGAGUGUUUGUGUGUGUGUGUGUGUGUAGAGUCUGCAGAUGUGAACCGAGAUCAUCCGAACAUUCUCCUAGCUGGCUGUUGUGAUGGCACCCACAUACUUUUCGAUGACAUCAGUAUUUGGCUACUUG